AGAGAACAGAAACCCAACGCAUUUAUCCGUCACAUUCUCGAUGCCUUGAUUCAUUCAGUCAAUCAGGAGCAUCACCAGCGCACACUGAAGUUUCUUUCAGCACACUGACUGUAAAGAAGAACAAUGAGUUCAGAAUCGAGGCACAAGAAGAAGAAAAAGAAUAAAUUUGGUGCAACAUCACCGCCAUUUAUUGAUUAUCUGAAAGAGAUUUUAAGAAGGUACCCGGACGGGGGACAAAUACUGAAGGAGCUGAUCCAGAAUGCAGAUGACGCGGGAGCUUCUUCUGUAGUGUUCGUUCAUGAUGAGAGACAUUAUGGGACUCAGAGCCUGUGGAGUGAAGAGCUCAGAAAGUAUCAGGGUCCUGCUCUCUAUGCCUUCAAUGACGCAGCCUUCACUGAUGAAGACUGGGAGGGGAUUCAGAGAGUCGGCCGAAGCAUCAAGCAAGAGGAUCCAACAAAAGUUGGGAGAUUUGGGAUUGGCUUCAACUCUGUUUAUCAUAUUACAGAUUUGCCAUGUGUAUUCAGUUCCAAACACCUAGCCAUCUUUGACCCACAAAAGAUGAUGUUUGGAGAUGAUCAGGAAGGCUACCGAUGGUCCUUGAAUGAUGAUGAAGACAAAAAGAGUCUUUUGAACCUGAGAGAUCAGUUUCAGCCCUUUCAAACUCUUGUCAGUGUAGUCAACAACUCUUCCUGGGACAAAGUCAUCAGUGAGGAGCAGUACUUCAAAGGAACACUGUUCCGGUUCCCUCUGCGUAAUGAAGCUUCUGAAAUCUCGGAUACGUUAUAUGACUAGAGGAAAGUUACACAGCUUUUUGACAGUUUCAUUGCUGAUGCAGACAUCAGUCUUCUUUUUCUGAGAAAUGUGUCGUCCAUUGCUUUGCUGCAUAUUGACGCCAAAGGCGUUUGCAGCAAUAAGCUGAAAGUUUCAGUGUCAACUAACCCAGUUUUGCCUCAUGACACGGAUCUGUGUGAUAUCAAAGAGGAAUCUCUGGACAGAAGAACCUUCUUCAAAACUGUAUCACGCAUGUCUCCAAUGGAAGAAACAAGAUCCCAGUGGCUUGUGACACACUGUCUUCUGAAACAAGGAUAUAGACCCGAGAUCGACUUUCUGGCCAACAAGCUAAGCUUCCACCCCCAAGUUGAUGUAGCAUUUCAAUUAGAUGAGGAGAGAUCACUUUGCAAUGGACGACUAAGUUGCUUUCUGCCCCUUCCAAAUAACGAGUCAAACACAACUGGGCUUGCUGUCCACAUCAAUGCUUGUUUUGGCCUGACGGACAAUCGGAGGUACAUCAAGUGGCAAGAGGAGGAUCAGAAGAACGACGAAGCUGCAGUGUGGAAUGAGCUACUACGAAAGAAUGUUCUUCCUCUUGUGUAUCUAAUGAUGAUCCUGGAUGCUAUUCAGUUAUCCAGAAACUCAGCCUUGCCUGCUGCCUCUGUGUACAAUAUUUGGCCUGACCUGACUAAGACUGUACCAUAUGACAGAUGGCAUGAUGUUGCAGUAAACACUCUGAAGCGUCUGUUUGAUCACAAGAUCUUUCAUCUUGCUGAUGAUGCGACCAUCUGGGUGUCUGCCUCACAUGCAGUUUUUCCGGUCAACAGUAUAUGCAGUGACACAGCGACUGCAGUGUCGAGAUUGUUGAUUGCACAAGGAGAGAAACUCAUCUCUGCCCCAAAACAUGUUUUGAAAGAUGUGCAAGAAACCCUUCCUAAGAGCGGCACCUUGAAAUGGGUGACUCCAUCUUUGGUUAGAGAUGUCCUUCGCAGAAGUAAUGUUGAAAGCCUCAGUAAAGAUGACAAAUACUGUCUUCUUGAGUUUGUUCUCAGUGAUGAGAAAUAUGCAGAGCUCCAAGGUCUUAAACUUCUGCCUCUUAGUGAUGGAACCUUCACAUCCUUUAAUAACACAGAGCAGAACACUGUUCUGAUUGAAAGCGAGAAGUUUCCAAGAACAUUGCUGCCAUUUUGUAAAGAAAGGUUUUUACCCAACAAUCUAAGUCCUUCAUCCACUGUGCACCUAAGGAAACUUGCAGCAAAAAACACAUAUAAAAUAAUCAAUUUGGAGGCAAAACACAUUGUUGCACUUACCAAGAAGCACUUACCCUUGGACUGGCAGGACACCCAAUGACAUGUGACAUGGAAACCAACAACAGAUCGUCAUCCACCAAAGAGCUGGCUGGUGGACUUCUGGAAAUUUCUUAGUACUGAAUGGGAUGAUUUAAGUGACUUCAUUGGUGUGCCUUUGAUACCACUGGAGCCUUUCCAAAAUUAAGGCAAUUCUGUACCGUUAGCAAAGCUGCAGAAGAACACAACUUUGAUCUUUCAGAGUAGCGGGGGGUCCAGAUUAUCUGAUCAUGUUCAGAAAGUGGUUAAAAAGGUGGGAUGUACGGUCAUAAAAAGAGACGAGUGUCUCAGGCAUCCUAACAUUGAGACUUAUGUUCUUGCAGCUUCACCCAAAAACGUUCUUCAAGUAUUCUUGAACUCAAACAGAGAUCAGCUCAUCAAAGACAUUGCAUCUGCUUCACGACAUGACAUAGAAGAGCUUAAAGUCUACCUUUCUUCUGUGGAUUCUCUCUCAAAUGCUGAACAGAGCUUGCUGUCUGUUUUACCAAUCUUCAGAUUGAUGUCUGAGAAGUAUGUUGCUGUCAAUUCAAAGCAGGCUGUUGUUUUAGGCACCAAUCCAGCUAUUCCAAAAAAUCUGCCCAUGCCUGAAACCAUUGUACAGUGUGCAAAUGAAGCUGACCGCAGACUUUUGACUCUUCUCAAGACUGAGCUUUUGGAUGCAGCUAAGGUGGCUAUUCUUUUGAUCAAUGGCAUUAAGACAGCUUCUUUCAACAAAGAUGAAGAACACUCAAUAAUGAGCUGGAUACUGAAUCAUGGUAACAUUCUGCUUUCACAAAGUGAGCUGCUGCUAACCAAAACUAAGGAUCUCAAUUUUAUUGAGACCCCUCUGGGAGAACGCAAACAAGCUUCAAACAUGUAUGAUCCUAGAAAGAAGACAUUCCAGGACCUUUUCGAGGCAGAUUUCUUUCCUCCACCCAUAUAUACAAAGACUCAAGAAAUGCUAGAGACCUUACAACGACUUGGCCUAAAAACAGAAGAGAAAGAUAUAUCCCCUGAAAACAUACUCCAGGUCGUAAAACAUAUCGAAAAGCUCCGUAUCCACUCACCAAACAAGGCUUUCAAAAAGGCAGAUACUCUUGUUGGAGUGUUGAAUGGGAAUAAUUUACUUUCAAAACUCACACAGACACAAAAACCAGCGCUGAUGCAAAUGCAGUGGGUGCCCUGUGAAAAUCCAAAGUGCCUCAGUGGAAGCAAUUAUAAAAAUCAGAAGAGAGGUUUAUAUAAACCUGUUGAAGUAAGACAUUCAAAGUACUCUUCAAUUGUUGGAUAUGUAACGCCACUUAUCUCUGAGUUGACAGAAAAUGUUUGUGAACAUCUCAGUCUUUAUGACCCACCUCCAGCUGAAAAGGUCUUGGAAAACCUCUCUGUACUGGCAUCAAUAGCAGCUGACACGAGGAACCCAGAUUCAGAUUUUCAGUUUAAAACGAAGCUACAUAAUAUCUACAAAUUCAUGCAAGACAAAGUAGGUAAAUUUAGAGAAGCAAUAAGCAUGAAAUGCACGCCUUGGCUUUGGAAUCAAAGUGAGUUUGUCUCUCCUAGAGACAUAGUUUUAGCCUAUCCAUCUGAUUUGGAUGUGAGCCCCUACAUCAAGAAAGUCCCGGAAGAGUUUUUGCAAUAUGAAAACCUGCUAAAAGAAUUUGGUGUGAAGGAGACAUUGUCUGAUGAGGAGAUUGAAGAAGUUCUCCAUGACAUAAAACAAAGAAUCGAUGAUAGGGAUCCACCUUAUGGAGAUUCCACAGAACUCAAGGUAUCAGUUGCCAUUCUUGACUGGAUGCGAAAAAAUGAGAAGUUUUUGAAGGACAGUACACCAGUGCCUGUCAUGGCACAAAACAAAACAUUCACUCUGCAGACUUUGUCCAAAACCGUCUUCUGUGACAUCAGUGCUGAAGGAUUAGAUGACCUGAAACAAGACAACGAAGAAUUUUAUGUCAUUCAUGACGAAGUGUUGCCAAGUACUGCAAGGUGGUUGAAAGUCCCAUUCCUUAGUACUCGCAUCCUAAAACCACAGUUUGUAAAAACAGAGCAAGAGUGCUUUGGCAUAGAACAGUGUGGGCAGUCAGAACCUAUAACGCAAAGAAUCAAGAACAUUCUUAAAGAGUAUGAUGAGGAAAGCGAUAUUUUCAAAGAACUCAUACAAAACGCUGAGGAUGCUGGAGCAAAAACUUGUAAAUUCCUCCUUGACUUCAGAAAACACAGAGACCCUCCAGAGACUCUCAUUGAUGAAGGAAUGACCCUCUGCAAUGGACCCUGCCUUUGGACCUUCAACGAUGAGCUCUUUUCAGAAGAAGACUGGCAAAACAUUGUCAAAGUGGGAUCAGCAUCAAAGGAAAACAAAGUUGAGAAAAUUGGGAAGUUUGGCCUUGGAUUCAAUGCUGUUUACCAUGUGAGUGACAUUCCCUCUGUUUUGAGUGGGAAAAGCCUUCUCAUACUUGAUCCAAAUGUCACUCAUUUGGAGAAGCAUAUACUCAGCAAAGGAAACCCUGGGAUUAAAAUAGACAUCUUCCAGAAACGACUAUAUAAGAGGUUUCCUGGACAGUUCAAGUCGUAUGAGGGCAUUUUUGAAUGUGAUCUGUCAGCUCAAAACAUCAACAAAGCUUACAAUGGCACAUUGAUUAAAUUACCAUUUCGCACUGAAGAAGAAGCAAAAAAGUCAGAAUUCAGUUCAAAGGUAUACAAUGAAGAACACAUUCACAGCUUUAAACGUCAUUUGACUGAAAACUCACAAACCCACCUACUUUUUCUGAAGAACAUUCAAUCUAUGUCACUUCAAAUUGUGCCCGAGAAAGCAUUUACCCCUCCACAGAAUGAUCAGAUAGAGACUCCUCUCAAAAUGACAAGAGAGGUCAUGAAUUCAACUGCUGUCUCGAAUGACAAACUUAUCCAAGAGACCAAGAACAUCUUAAAAACUGGUGACAUCACAUGCCACAACAUAAUUGACUACAACAGAGCACAGAUUGUCAAAAUAGUUCAAGAUCACCAAGUGACGCCGCAGACCCAGUACUGGCUUUUGUACUCUUGUUUCGGGACACAGGAUUCUAUGCGAAUGUUCCGGAGGAGAAAUGAAAAUGAACAUGUGUUUUCUUUGCCAAUUGGAGGAAUUGCUGUACCUUUGCAAAGAGAAGGACAAACAGAAGCAUGGUCUCCUGAUGAAGGCCUGUGUGGCCAGGCUUUUUGUUUUCUUCCUCUCCCAAUUGAGACAGGUCUUCCAUUCCACGUCAAUGGGACUUUUGCAGUCACAUCAAACAGGAAAGCCCUGUGUGAAAGAGGAGUAAAAUCUGAUUGGAACAAAGCCUUGCUCAAAGAUGCUCUAACCUCUGCUUACAUCACCACAUUGCUUGAGCUCAAGAAAAUGACCCAAAAUGGAAAGCUCAAGAGCUAUUUCUUCUACACCUUCUGGCCUAACAGAGAGAGAGUAAGCAGAGAAUUUCUACCCAUGGUUGAGUCUUUCUACUCAGCAAUAGCACAAAGUGUCAACAGUAAAUCUCUGGAGCUCUUCAGCAAUGGACAGACGUGGGGUUCUAUAGACAGGGUGAAAUUCCUGCAUCCAGAAAUUGAGGAGAAUGCAGCAGUUGGAGACAUUGCCAAGAAAGUGUUCUUCAAUAUGGGAGACUCAUACUCCUGUGUUGUUUCUCUGCCGUCAUGGAUAAGAGAGAGUUUCAUUCAAUGUGGUUUUAAAGAAAUUAUAAAACAGAGAACAAUCUGCUGGCCUGAGUUUUACGAUGUCGUUUUCAAGAACUUGAGAACCAUGGACACACACAGCAGAAAUUCUCUUGUUCUAAAUGCUAUAGACCUGAAUGAUAGAGAGGUUGAUGUCCUAUUGAAAAGGUACCCAUGCAUUCCAACACAGGGAUGUGAGAAGCUUCAAGUAGUCAAGAAACUCGUGAAUCCUUCUGGUAAAGUGGCGUGUUUGUAUGAGCUCGAGGAGGGACGCUUUCUGGAAGGGACAGCAAGUGACUUUCUUUCACCUAAAAGGAUUCAGCGACUAUCAGAUCUGGGAAUGCUGAGUGAGCGUCUGCCUUUGGAGGACAUCAUAGAAAGAGCGGAGAAGAUACCCAGAGCUUGGCAACAGGACAAAUCUAAAUGUUGCAAACGUAUUCAGUGUCUUGUUGAGUUAAUGAAAGACUCUACAUUAGAUGUAAAUUCUCAGCAGUGGGACUCACUGUCUCAAAUACCGUUCCUUCCUGCCAUAGCUCCUUUACUUCAGCAGAACAAAAACGCCACUGUUCUAAAGAAACCCUGCGAGGUUUACAGCGAGAGGUGUCGUGAUGUAGUCAGCAUGACAGAAUUCACAGUGGAUCAUAUAAACCUGAGAAUACACAGUUAUGAUACAGUUCUCAAAACACUGCGUGUACAGACAAAUCCACCAGUUCAGACGGUGCUGCAGCAGCUCUUAAAAGCACAUCAACAUUCCAGUGCAUUUGAAAAGGCUCUUCUUCAUAGCAUCGCUUACAUGAGCUAUGAAUACCUCAACACUCACUUGUUGGAACAGAAAGAUCCUAAUCCCAUUAUUGCCCAUGCAAAAUCAUAUCCAUUCAUCUUCAUCGAGGAACGUUUCGUAAAUGUGAGGUCUGUGGCCAGAAAUAUGGAAUUUGAGGAAAAGCCAUAUCUCUAUGUACUUCCAGCUAUCUUAUCUAAAUUUGAGAGGCUUUGGGACUGUAUUGGCAUUUCAAAACAGUUUACAAAAGAGCAUUAUGUUGCUGCACUUGAGGAAUUGAAGACUGUGAAUGGAUCUCGCUCUCUUUCCACUGAAGACCUUAAUAAAUAUAUUGCAAUACUCAUGAAAGGGCUAAAUAAAAUCAAGGACUCAAAGCUUGAAAACUGUCUCAUUCCAGAUGAAAAAGGAGUAUUGACAUCAUCUAGAGAGCUCAGAUUUAAUGACAGUCCAUGGAUGCCUGUUUCAGGUGGCAUCAGGCUCUCACAUGAACUAAUACCUCGCACUGUUGCAGUUCAUUUCGGUGUAAUGACAACAAGACACCAUACGCUGAAGAACUGUUUGGUCAGUGGGUUUUCCCCUUUUGCCAGAGAGUUUGGACAAACUGAGAAGCUAACUGUCAGAAUUAAAAACAUAAUUGAUGCAUAUCCAUCCAAAAAGGAUAUUCUGAAAGAACUCAUUCAAAAUGCUGAUGAUGCAGAGGCGACAGAAAUUCACUUUGUGUGGGACAAGAGACAACACAGCACACAAAAAAUAUUUGGCAAAAAAUGGGAAUUGGUUCAAGGCCCGGCACUUUGUGUCUACAACAACAAAACAUUUUCUGAUACUGAUCUUCGAGGUAUCCAGCAGCUGGGGGAAGGAGGAAAACAAGGAACCUUAGGGAGGACUGGGAAAUAUGGACUGGGGUUCAAUUCUGUGUAUCAUCUGUCAGAUUGUCCAUCUAUCCUGACUGGUGACAAAUGGCUCUGCAUUUCUGAUCCAAAUCUUAAAUUUGUAGAAGGUGUGACAAAAGAAUCCCCAGGUUGCAUGUUUUCACUGGAAGAUGAAUUUAAAAAGUCUUUUGAGGAUGUUUAUCACACCUUUCUUCCAAAAAUGUUUGCACUCAAUUCUGGAACCAUGUUCAGGCUUCCUCUCAGAACUGAGAAAAUGGCAGAAAAAUCUGAAAUUUCUAUACAUACAGUCACAGAGUUUGACAUGAAGGAAUUGUACUCAGCCUUGACUGAAGAUCCUGAGGGGCUCAUUCUCUUCUUGAAACACAUCACAAAAAUACAGUUCUCUGAGAUUAAUAAAAGUGAAAAAGAACCAAAAUGUUGUGUCGUUAUUGAGAAGAAAUACAGAGAAUGUACAGAGAAAGGCAUAAAGAGCAAGGAAAACUUUGACACUCAUGUUCAAACAUGCCUCAUGUCAGGAAAAGCAGAACCAUGCAAAACCAUCUACAGAAUGCAAAUCUCAGCUGGAAAUAAACAAAGUAAAUGGGUCAUUGAGGAGCACUUUGGAUUCUUAAAACAGGAACAUGCAAUUGACAACGGGCAGAAAUAUUUGAAGGUUCCUCAAGCAGCGCUGGCAGCUUGUUUAGCCAGAACAUUUACUAACAGUUUUACUGGAAGGGCAUUUUGCUCAUUGCCUUUGCCAGAAGAAACAGGUUUACCAGUUCAUGUGAAUGCAAAUUUUGAAGUUGAUUCUUCUAGAAGGGACCUGUGGAAGGAGGAUAGUGAUAGUUUGAAGAUGAAAUGGAACCAGUCAUUGAAAGUAAACAUCAUUUCACCACUCUACGCCGACCUUCUGUUACAUCUCUGUACCACCAUGAAGAAAGAUACACCUACUGCUCUUCCAUUCCUCAAGGACCAGCUGCAGGUUUCCUGCCUUCAGUACUUUCCGUGCAUUUCAAAGGGAGUAGACAAAGGCUGGCAUGAAAUGAUCUCAGAGGUCUAUAGAUCAGUCAGCCAGCGUGACCUUCCUGUCAUUCCCAUAGUACACAGCCAACAUGACCCUCCUAUCAAACCUACAGCACACGCUGUUUUGUCAUCAUACCAUCCAAGUCUUAAGUACAUAGUUAAUUGGUGCUCUAUGUCCAAAUCAGAUUCAGCAGAUUGUCCUUAUUUUACAACUGGAGACCAUGAUAACAUUUUUGAAAUUUUAGAUGACACUGGAAUGAAAUUGGUACCACACUCCCACAAAAUAGAACAAAUAAGAAAGAAUUUCAAAGCAGCUGGUGUAAAUGUGUCAGAAAUCAGUCCUUCAACAAUAAUAAAGUUCAUGAAGCAAAGACCCAUGAAUGAUCCCACACAAACAACUAAAGGUUUACCUUUGCCCAUUAAACAGACACUCAUCAAGGACAAAGCAAGAUGUUUCAAACUUUUGGACUUCUGCUUGACAAAAGAUGAGAAAAAACAUGUCCCAAAUACAGAUGAGAAAAAACCUGUGCCUGACCUCAACGGACUGCCUCUCCUUCUCACGCAAGAUCAGAUGUUAAGAGUCUUCAGUUCUCAAACCCCAAAGAUGAUAACAAGGUUUAGCAUGCUUUUCCCCAGACAUGAGAAAAUGUUUGCAGACCUGCGUGUCAAUGGAAAGCAUAUCAAAGUUCUACAAGAGGGAAGGUUUAUUAAGGACUUAACCAUUGCCACAGGAGCACAGAUUUUGAAAGACGAACUGGCUGAACUGCUCAGAACAUCUUCAGCAGAUCAACAGUGACAGCUGUAUAAGGCAGAGAAAGAGACAAUCUCAUGGCUACAUGAUCUAUGGAACUUCUUUGUUGAUCAAGAAAAAAACUUUAAAGAUGAAAAGGAGAAUGUCUUAAGUGAGAUCAAAAAACACUUCAAGGACAGCCCUAUUCUACCAGUCACCUGUCCAAGUCAAAAUAACACAAACUUCUUACAAACGAUGACCAAUCUACCAAAAGUGAUUCUGAAGUCAGAUGAGAAAAUAACCUCCAUUCUCAUUAAACUUGGCUUCAUGACAUUAGACCGCAGCUUUUUCAGUUCCAUCACAAACAAUACUGAUCUCAUGAAAUUUCGUCUCAGUUAUGUGGAUCCUGAGCUCUUAAAAACAGGAGAACGCGGUGCAGUUUUGGAGCAGAUUUAUCAAAUUCCUCAUGGACAGUUUAAGCUGCUGUAUGAUGAUGAAUGUGAAGAGCUUCAGCAGUUCUUACAGCGUGGGAUCAGAGAUUCCAAAAACAAAAGUGAAUAUGAGAGCAAGCUCAAGUCUUUGCCCCUGUUUGAGAUAAUAUGUGGAAAACGAGAGAGAAUUGAUUUACACAGAGAGAUAUUCAUUCUGGACUCUAAACAUCACACUUACUUUUCAAACAUGUACGCUGUAGAUGGCUGUGACAGUAUUUUCCUCAAGAACAGCUGGGUGAACUUAAAACUGGCAGAAAGUCUGAAAAUUCUGAUUUUAGAUGACCUGGAGUUCUGUGUCAAGUUUAUUCUUCCUUCUGUAGAUAUGAUGACAGAAGCCAAACGUCUUGAUUUAAUAAGACUGUUAGUGGAACUUGUGGUAACGUAUAAACCAGUGGACCAGAGGAUUGUCUCAGCUUUGAGAAAUGUCAGAUUCAUUCAGGACAUUCAUGGCUUCUAUCAGAUGGCCUCAUACUUCUACGACGAGGAAGAAAGCCUUUACAAGAUAAUGCUUUCAGAAGAAAGAUUUGUGCCCAAACAGUUCUGGAACCGUUUGAAAGAUAAACAGGAUGAAGCAAAACAUCUUUUAAGGGCUCUUGGAUUGAAACAUAAAGUGUCAGAUGAGGAAAUCGUUCAGUUUGCAAAACAGAUUGAAUCUGACACUAAAGGCAACACUCCACUUGAUGUCCUGAAGGAAAGAUCAAAACUGUUGUUUCAGACUGUGAUGUCAAAGAGUUCUGAGAAAAACUCGUAUUUAUUGGGCAGAGUCGCUAACAUCAAAUUCAUCUUCCCAGUACAAAUCCAGCCAGCCCUAUGUGCUUUUCACAAGCCCUUCGCUCAAGAGAGAGACACUGUUGCAAUCAGUGGAUCAUUGAUUGACGGACACAGUGAUCAUCAAUAUCUCAUCUGGACAUCUAUGCCAAUACUACCCUCACAACACUUCUAUCCAGAAUUCAGAAAGAAAAUGAAGGCAGCUGGAGCUUUGGAUACUCCACCACCACAGAAAAUAUCUGUCAAUCUGGAAAACAUCUGUAGGUCUAACUGCCAAACAGACAGUUUGCUGAAAACAAGAAAGAAAGUGUUUACCAAAUCUUACGCACACCUGCAGUCAAUAAGCUUUAAAGCCUCUCUGUUCUCAGAUCUCCCCAUUAUCUUGGUGGAAAACAAGACAGCACUUGUGAAAGCCAACCAGACCGCCUUUGUGCUAAAUGAUGAUUCUGACUUCAGACCGUAUUUGUACAACAUUCUCCCAGAUUGUGUGAUAUAUCGUGACUUCUUCAAGAAGAUCGGUGUAAAGGACACUCCUACUCUCCAGCAAUACAUCACUGUUCUUCAGGAGAUCUAUUCAGAUAGUUGUGACAAAGACAACCUUCAGGCAAAUCAGCAGAUAACAGUCCGACGUGUUGUUCAGCAGCUUUUGUGUCUGAUAAAAAUGGAUAAAAAGCAAGUCUUUUCACCAAACGACACACUUCAUCUCCCAUCAACCGAUGGAAAACUCUAUGAAUCCAGCACAUUGUUUUUCAAUGACACAGUCUUUCAAGCAUCACGACUCGAGGUUCCUUUGGAAAAAAAGCUGAAACUGCUUGAAAAAUUACACCACUGUCAUCUUGGAACUGAUCACUAUGAACAACAAGAGUUGUUGCAGUUGCUUCCCCAGGAGAUUCGUCCCAAAUUUCUUUCGGACUUCAUUUCUGAAAACCUGGAUGAGGCAAGUGUCCAGUACUGUGAUUAUGAAGAGGGAUGUGAGUUCAGUGGCUGGUUUGAAAAACACUUGUCUUCUGCUGCUUUUCUUCAUGGGCUCAUCUGCCUCUUAAGAGAAGAGAGCCGAGGUGAGGUUUCACAUUCAGAAGCUGCCGCAAAGUGUGAAUCAAUCUUUUCUAAGAUUCAGAUUUUCUGUUGCAAAACUCUUCACACUGAGCUUCUGCUCCACCAGGGGCCACUGGAGGGCAGUAAGACCGAAACAGAUGUUUAUGUGCAAAAACAGGAUGACGGAUGUAAUUUCUACCUGAAACACAAUGAUGACAUGAGCCCCAAAGUAGUGAAUGAAGUGACCAUGUGUCUUACCAAAGAAAUCAAUGCUCUACUGAAGAACUGUCUGUCCACCUCAAACCUUCCAGUGCUUGGACAACUUCUGCUGUGUGAUCACAUGGAGGAUGUUGAGAAAACCUUGUCAAGGCAUAACAUUCAUAACAGUGGCCACAACGAAGAAGACCACAAUGGCCUGCCAAAACCUGGAAGAUAUAUACCUGAAGAGUGGCACGACUGCCUCAACAUGAACUUCUUCAACAAUUUUGAAAGUGGAGAGUAUGUUGGCUACAGUAAGGAUGAGUCGGGGGAAUAUUUCUAUGCCAUUGUUAUAGAACGACUAGACGACUCAUUUAGACAAACAAGCCAAUAUUCUGCCAGAUAUAAAAUACAAGUUGACAACGAUGACAUCAUAGAAGUGAGUUCUCUUGAUCUUUUCCAGUUUAAAAGGGAAAAGAAGUUCAUUACGCCAACAGGACCCACUUGCAAAGACUUAGAGCCUCUUUUAACGUCUGAGCCUCCAUCCAAACGAGACUUUCCACAGACGUCUGAAGAGGUCAAACGAGACUUUCCACAGACGUCUGAAGAGGUCAAACGAGACUUUCCACAGACGCUUGAAGAGGUCAAAAGAGAAAUUGACCAGAGUUUAACUGAAAUCUGGAAAAUGUCACAUGAGGACAAGCAGAAGGCCCUCAAACGUCUUUACCUCCGCUGGCAUCCAGACAAAAACCCAGGCAAGGAAGAGCUUGCCACGGAAGCCUUCAAAUACCUGCAGAACAGAAUUGAAGAACUACAGCAAGGGAAAACUGCACACGACACAAACUCGAACUGGAGAGACUUCUCAGAUUUCUUUCACAGGUGGAACACGGAGGCUAACAGCCAUCGGAGGGGACGAGAGAGGUUCUAUCAGAACCAUUCCAGACGCCACUAUAACUUUUGGUCAAAUCACACAGAAGCUCCGAGGCCGAAAAGACCGGAGGCUAAACGCUGGUAUGAACAGGCAGAAUGUGACCUCAGAGCUGCUCAGAAUGACACUGGAGGAGACAGCUCCGAGUGGUGUCUGUUUAAAGUGCAUCAGGCUGUGGAGAAAGCCCUGAUAGCAGCCAUGUACAGGAGGAGCGGAAAGCAUCCCGGCAGCUGUUCAAUAACAAGUCUCGCUCAGCAGGUGUCUAACUACAGCUCAGAGCUGACUUCUCUACCCAACACUGUCAGACAACUCGCUGAACACGGCGUUGAUGGCAAAAAAACUCAAUAUCCAAACCUACACCCGAUUCCUCACAUUCCAAACGGGCGGUUUAACGUUAACAGUGCCAGAACCGCACUGGAUAUCGCAGCAAAGCUUCUGGUGAAAAUCGACCAGUACAUUAGAAGCUGAUGUGUUCAGUAAUAUGGACCAAUGCAAAUAAAAUCUACAUGUUAAUUAUACAUUUGAAAUUUGAGACACCGUAGAGGCAUGUGGUUUGGUGGGAGGAGGCUCACUGUCGAAGUGUACUUAUCUACUACUAUUAUGUGUACUUAUCUACUACUAUUAUGUGUAGUUAUUAUAAUUAUUAUUAUGAUUCCAGUCCUCCUCUUGUCUAACUAGUUAAAGUCGUUUAUAAUAAAUCAUUUAUAUGCAUUCAUCAUUGUACUUAUAUAGUCAUCAUAAUUAAAAAUAAAUCGCUGCAUUCCACUAAACUGAAAAUGUCUAAUAAAAAUGUCUGUCAAUCAGUUAAAUGUGUCAUUUUUAUUAAGAAAUAUUAACAUAAGUCAACCAAAUGAUUAAAUGACAGAACUACAAAUAAAAAAAAUCAAGAGUCACACAAUCAUUCUGUGAUACAGAUCCUGUAUGUGCUUUACAAUCUGUGCAACAAAACCAAGUCUACUGCCAUAUAAAAGAUGACGUAACCACCGGAGAAAUGAAACGUUGAGCAGCGUUUGGUCUGCAUUCAUGUUGCUGCAGUAUGAUUGAGAGGUUUCUGGUGUCCCAGUAAUAACUUAAAAACAAAAUCUGUACAACAAUUACAGCAGGCUCGCUGCCUGUCCUUAAACCAGUGAACACAAAUAAAGCAAACGCCGUUAGACAUCAUGUUUACAGUGCUGAAGACAACACACUGUAUCUGUACUGACAGCAAACAUGAACAGCCUUUCAUGUGUCCUGACAUCAACGUCCAUCUCUUCACUGAUUACUGCUGAAUUACGCAUCAAGAGAAACGGUUCUGUUACAUCUCAGUCAAUAAUAACACGUGGGAAACUAAAAUGUCACCUUCAUACAUUCAUCUGAAGUGAGAAUAAAAGAUUCGAACAAGAACAAUGUCAUUCAGUAAAGAGCUCAAAUGUUGCUAUGAAGUGUAAAUAUUUCUCAGAUUGGGACUUGGUUACCUGAAGAAGACUUUUUUCAUCAUUAUUACCCUGAUUACUGUCUUACGCAGAAGCUUAAACGUGAACAAAACAUGAUG